UACUGUCACAGUUACCGGUUAGGUUAGGUUUUUAUCUUGUAUAUCGGGAAAAAUUUGUUUCUUGUUUGUAUAGAAAAUACAUGGAAUACAUGCUCUCAUUGGAAAUUAAUUAGCACAGGAUGUUCUCGAACGCGCGUUUCCUCGCUGGAGUGUUGCGGAGUCGCAGCCAUCCAGCCAACAAGAGUCUUCAAAUGUUGGCUCUCCGACACAGAUCUUCCACUCCAAUAAACACAGUAGUGAUGUUCGUGCCACAGCAAGAGGCAUGGAUUGUGGAGAGGAUGGGCAAGUUUCAUAGGAUCCUGGAGCCUGGUCUGAACAUCCUGAUCCCUGUUAUCGAUAGGGUCAAGUAUGUGCAGAGCCUGAAGGAAAUUGCAAUCGAUGUGCCGAAGCAGAGCGCCAUCACCUCCGACAACGUGACGCUGAAUAUCGACGGUGUACUUUAUCUGAGAAUCGUGGAUGCGUACUUGGCCAGUUACGGCGUCGAAGACCCGGAGUUCGCUAUAACACAGUUGGCUCAGACGACGAUGAGAUCGGAGCUGGGAAAGAUAUCGCUGGACAAGGUGUUCAGGGAGAGGGAGAAUCUGAACGUUUCCAUCGUCGAUUCCAUAAACAAGGCGAGCGAGGCCUGGGGCAUAACGUGCCUUCGUUACGAGAUACGUGAUAUAAAGCUGCCGUCGAGGGUGCAGGAGGCAAUGCAAAUGCAGGUUGAGGCGGAGCGAAAGAAGAGGGCGGCCAUCCUGGAGUCGGAGGGUGUCAGGGAGGCGGAUAUCAANNNGGCGGCCGGUGAGGCGACGGCGAUGCUGGCGAUCGCUGAGGCGCGCUCCGGCGGUCUGAGAUUGGUGGCGGGUGCGCUGGGAGAGAGGCUAGGACCGAACGCAGCCUCUUUGAGCAUCGCCGAGCAGUACGUGAACGCCUUCAACAAGUUGGCUCGCACAAACAACACCCUCAUACUUCCAUCAAACGCUGGCGACAUUUCAAGUCUGGUCGCACAGGCGAUGACCAUCUACUCAAAGGUGCAAGGUAACGCCGCAGCGAACGCCUCCAUCGCAGAGCCGUGUAGCAUGCCCGACAUGUCCGAGCUGAAGAUCAAGAACGAGAAGCUGGGCCAGAAGAAGCCCUCGGUGAACCCUCUGCUCUCCGACGAUUUGGACGAGUUCUUCAGCGACGACGACGAUAAGAAGAAACACCUGAGCAGCGGUUUGCGAACUCUCAAAGACAAAUAGAGACUUUGCAUAUAUCAGCUUCCCCCUGUACUUUACGCUAUUAUACUAUUAUAUUAUUUUCAGACUGAA